GUCUCGCGAGAGUUCUUGGAGACUUCAGCUCGGGUUUCGCAAUUUGCGGGUUGCCUUUUAGACACCUCCUGCUCCGAAAAGGAAAUCUAUGUCAUUCGAAGGAACAGUCGGCUACUGGACGGACGCAGAGGACGUGUCCUAAUAUAACUUGUAUCGAACAAAAGAUGCUGCUUCGUAAAGUGAGCCAGUCUUCCGCCCUGUGCGGCUCCAUUCUCCGGAUUCCUCCCGUGUUGUUAUCUGGAGGUCAGCGUCAUGCCGGAGCUGUCAUUGCUGUGCAAAACACCCGUCUCUAUGCAAGCCAAGCAGCAGAGGCGGUGCUGGAGAAGACGGCAGCAGUCGGCAGUGAAGCGGCCACUAAAGUGGAUAAGAAGACAGUUGCUGCAGAAUCCAAAUCAUUUGCUGUCAACAUAUUCAAAGGGCAGAUCGCCACCGCCCAGGUGUUUCCCUACCCCUCAGUCAUGAAUGAGGAGCAGGAGCAGUUUCUUCGAGAGCUCGUGGGGCCUGUCGGCAAAUUUUUCGAGGAGGUGAAUGAUGCCGCCAAGAACGACGCGUUGGAGAAGGUUGAAGAUCACACCAUGCAGGGCCUGAAGGAGAUGGGUGCCUUUGGCCUGCAGGUGCCAGCUGACCUCGGCGGCCUCGGCCUCUCAAACACACAGUACGCCCGGCUGGUUGAGAUCGUUGGCACUUAUGACCUCGGCGUUGGCAUCACUCUGGGCGCCCACCAGUCCAUUGGCUUCAAAGGCAUUCUGCUUUUUGGGAAUCCAGCCCAGAAGGAGAAGUACCUGCCUAAGCUUGCCACAGGUGAGUAUGUAGCCGCCUUCUGCCUAACCGAACCAGCCAGUGGUUCUGAUGCCGCCUCCAUCAAGACCACAGCUGUUCAGUCCGCCUGCGGACAGUACUUCACCGUCAGUGGAAGCAAGAUCUGGAUCAGCAAUGGAGGUCUGGCUGAGAUCUUCACAGUGUUCGCCAAGACGGCCGUGAAAGAUCCCAAGACUGGGGAGAUGAAGGACAAGAUCUCAGCCUUCAUCGUGGAGAAGAGCUUUGGAGGAGUGACACAUGGCCCUCCAGAGAAGAAAAUGGGCAUCAAGGCGUCCAACACAGCCGAGGUUUAUUUCGACAAUGUCCGCGUGCCGGCUGACUGCUUGCUGGGCGAGGUGGGCGAAGGUUUCAAGGUGGCCAUGAACAUCCUGAAUAACGGGCGCUUCGGCAUGGCGGCCGCCCUCUCCGGCACCAUGAAGGGAGUCAUCAACAAAGCUGUGGACCAUGCAGCCAACAGAACCCAGUUUGGGAGCAAGAUCCACACCUACGGAGCCAUCCAGGAGAAGAUCGCUCGCAUGACCAUGCUGCAAUACGUCACUGAGUCUAUGGCCUACAUGAUCAGCGGCAACAUGGACAGCGGAGCGUCUGAAUUCCAGAUAGAAGCUGCCAUCAGCAAGAUCUUUGCCUCUGAAGCAGCUUGGAACGUGACUGACGAAUGCAUUCAAGUGAUGGGCGGCAUGGGUUACAUGAAGGACUCUGGAGUGGAGAGAGUGAUGAGGGAUCUGAGAAUUUUCCGGAUCUUCGAGGGCACCAACGACAUCCUGAGGCUCUUCGUGGCCCUCAACGGCUUCCAGAAUGCCGGUAACCAGUUGAAGAGCUUACAGAAGGCCCUGAAGAACCCCAUCGGCAACGCCGGGAUGCUCGCAGGAGAACUCACCAAGAGAGCCAAAAGGAAGGCAGGUUUGAGCACAGGUCUGACACUGCAGGGAACUGUACAUCCUGAGCUGGCACAGAGCGGUGAACUGACCACUAAAGCCAUCGAACAGUUCGGAGCGGUCGUCGAGGAGCUGCUGAUCAAACACGGCAAGAAGAUCAUUGAUGAACAGUUUGUCCUGAAGAUAGUCGCGGACGGCGCCAUCGACCUCUACGCCAUGGUGGUGGUCCUCUCCAGAGCUUCACGCUCUCUGAGUCAGGGCAGCGCCUCAGCUCAGCAUGAGAAGAUGCUGUGUGAGACCUGGUGUGUGGAGGCGUACGACAGGAUCAUGAAAGACGUCAAGUCUCUGCGCUCCAGUCAGUCCAGACAGCUCUUCAAGAACAUGCGGGCCAUCUCUGCUGCCGUGGUGGAGACCGGAGGAGUGGUGGCUCCUCACCCUCUGGGUUUCUAAACGCACCACGCCACCAGUAUCUUCACGUCCGUUUUUUUGUUUUUUUGUUUUUUUGUUUCACUCUUCUGCAUCUCUCACCAGGUACAGGGUCAUGUAAGCCAAGUCCUCUCACACUUAAACAACAUUUAUUAUCAUCACAAUUGCUCCAUCACACAUCGGUACCCACGUAUCUUCUUUGUUGCACUUGGGGCUGAAUGAUUCACGGUGUUAUCUCGAUCACAAUCAAUUCGGGUUUUUCUGUCACGGGUCAAAGUCUCACUCAAGGACGCAGUAGGAGCCGGGGAUCGAACCGCCAACCCCGCUCUACCCACUGAGCUACAGCCGCCCCGUAUUUAUUUAAUUCAGACUCAAGACCUCUAGAAUAUGGGCUGGAGGUCUCAAUUUGAGCUGGAUUUUUAAUCUAUAUGACAUAAGGAUUUAUCAAAAUGAAUCAAUAGGACAGAAAAAUCAGUAUUUCCACAAAUUAUUCAGCCCUGAUGCGCAUGUACUGUAAAGCAGCUGCUGACUGAAUGUCUCCGAUGUGUGCGUGGAGCUUUUAAAUGCGGCAUUUACUUUGUAUCUCAGCCUUCAUAACUAUCUGGUUGAAUGAUCUCAUCAUCUAAUCUGGUGAAACAUUAGAUUGUGGUGUUAUUUUUGAUGGGGAAAAAGAAAUACGUCGAUGCAUCUUUGAGGUAAAGAGGCCAGUUACGAGGUUUGAACUAAUCUGUUUUUAGUGGGUUUUAAUUUAUACACAAAGGUGAAUGCUUUCCUCUUGGAUUUAUACACUUAUAUAUAUACCAUGUGAUCAAAAUGUAUAUACAGUAAUGGUGUGGUGUUUAUGUUCUUUAAUGCCUUUCUGCAUGUUACUUGGUGCUCAUCACAGAAACAUUAAUGUCAGGAGCAAAAUGCCUUAGAAACCGUUUGACAGGUGCUGUUGGAAGUUCCUGUUGUGACUCCAGUUGAACAGAGAUCUUUUUUUUUUUUUUUAAAGCGCAGGUUCAUUCUUUACUAGUGGCCGUCCAAAGUGCAAGUUUAUUUUCUCAGCUAAAGGUAGCAGGCAUCAUUAACUGUAAUAUAGAAAAUGAACUGUCAGUCUGUAUACCUGGUACAUUGUACAGUAAAUGCAUUUGGUGGUGUUUUAAUCUGCUGUGUCAAAGCAUGCAUAGGGCUUAAAUUAGGUCUGCACACUCGCCUCUCUAUAACUCUUGACGAACAAUACUGCUUUUAACUUAGUAAUCUUUUGUCUGAACACGACGUGAUCACAUGCCAGUCGGUGUUUAAGCAGAUCUUUUGAGCUUUUUGGUUUAACACACGUUCCUAUUGGGGUAAAUAAAUAAAGUAUCUAUUCAUCUGUCGGUCUAUUUAUCUGUCUUGGCUUGCACCGGUGAGAGCGACGAAAUCAAUUUAUUUCUGCUGACAUUUUUCUGUCAUUAAACCCACCUUUUGUUAGGCCUGUAUAGAGUCUCAAUACAACUGUUCUGUAAAGUCCAGAUUCUCUAAAUAUUCAGUCACCAUAUCUGUGAAUGUAGCCUUUAACAAGCCAAACUACUCUGACUUUUUUUCUGGUUUCUUCUUGUAUAAUCUCAUGUAACCUGUAAAAAAAAA